CGCUUGGCGUCUCUUGUCAAAGCGACGAACAUCAACAUGGCGGACACAGAGAAAUCGGUGAAGAUUGAAGAAGGAGACCCUCAGAGCGUACAAGAUUUGACUGGAUUUGUGCAAACGUUGCUACAGCAAAUGCAAGACAAGUUCCAGCAGAUGUCGGACCAGAUCAUCACGAGAAUUGAUGACAUGAGCACACGGAUUGAUGAUUUAGAGAAGAACAUUGGUGAACUGAUGAACCAAGCCGGGGUGGACGAGCCAGAAAAGUGAUGAGGGAAGAUGGACAGAACAGUUAAAGUGAAUAGACAGAGGACUAUAGGAUUAUUUGCACUAUAAAUACCGACAGAGAUACUUUUAUAGAACUCUUUCAAAGCUGUACGCCUGUAAUUCAUAUUACAAGUGUGAAUGUAACUGAGUUUUGAGAUGUUCAAGGUAUUCCUGUUAAAUUACAAUUUUCGCUAAAUUUUUUUUUUUCAUUUUCUGAGGGUAUUUUUUAACCAAUUGUGCAUGACUUGAUUCAGAUCAUUACCAAUGCUAUCUGUGAACUGGGCUUAAUUGUUAGUAUUGUAGUGGAUAUAAUUAUUAUGUUAACAGAUACAAUUGUUUUGAUUCCUCAUGUAGCUUUAUGGUAAGCCAAGCAUUUGUAAUAAAUUUGUUUGUCUGUGAUUGUGUGAUAUA